GGCACACGCCCAAGCUGGCCGCGCUCCCACCUGGCCGUGUCUCGCCCUUGGCUCGUCUUGCCUUUUCUUCCCCUUGGCUCCCGCACCCUCUCUCUCCUCUUCUUCUUACUACUCGCCUUAUAUCUCUUCCAGACCUCUCACUCUCUCUUAAUAACGCGAAUCGUAAACAUCUUCAAGGGCAGACAACAAAAACAACAACAACAAACCUUGAUCAUAACAAACGUCCACUGAGACUCACCACACACACGCUCGGUCUAUCCCUAGAUACUAUCUCAUCCACACCUAAUCUUGCACUUGUUGCUUGAGAGAUCCCGGACUCUCAAUCACUCUGCUAGGCUUCACUCAAUCCAGCCCGGCUUACUCCUUGUACCUAAUCUCUCCUUCACAAUGGCUACCGUCCGCCAGCCCUUUGCUCCUCUGGAUGGAGCUCGUUUGCAGACCUUGACCAGCAUCAAGAACAGACAGAAUGCUGCUUCGCCACCAUCCGCUGGCAAACGCAAGGCUGAUCUCCUCGACAUUGACAACUCUGAGAAUGUCGAUCCUGUUGCCUUCACCAAGCGCUCCAAGGGCAGCAACGCCGAAUACGUCAAGCCCGCCAACUUUAUCCUGAAGCGCGCUGCUGCUACACCUCUUCCCGAGGUCUUGUCUCUCUCUAGCCCUACCAAGCCUACUGCCUCACCUCGUCGCACUCUGCAGCCCAAGUCUCCCAUCAACAAGCUCAACACAUCUUCCGUAGCCAAGUCGUCGCCAAUUGUUGCGCCGGCUGGUCGUUCGCCUACGCAUGGAAAGCGCUCUGGUCUCCUUGGAAACCGUCGACGCGCAUCCGGACCGUUCACCCGAAUUGACCCCCCUGCCUUUGGCCUCGGCGGCGCUGCUCCUUUCUCUCUCGAUGCUGCUCUCAAGGGCACUAUCCCCAGCUACACUCCCCGCCAGAAGGGCAAGGGCAAGGCUCGUCAAAGCCUCGACAGCUCGCUGAGCUCAUCCUCCAACGUCAACUGGUUCUUUGAUAUCCAUGAGGACACUCCCGAGCAGGAGAUGACCAACCUUCUUCAGCACAGCACCUGCGUCCUCGACAUUUCUUCUGAUGAAGAGGCUGAGCAGCGAUCUAGCCGUGAUGACGGCAUUGACAAGGAAAAUGUCCCUCCCCCCGGUGAUGUUUCUCAGACUUCCUCUCGCCGCGUCUCUGGAGACAUUGACGACAUGAUUGUUGAGAAGCAGCGCACUGCUCUCGGCGAAAUGGAUGCUGCUGAAUUCUACCCUGAGGGUGUUGACGCCAGCUCUGUCAUCUACGUCCCCGCUGAUGACGAGGAAGAGGCCGAGACGCCCAUUAUCAACGACUUUGAGUUUGCUCCUAUCAUCAAGAGCGCUGCUGCCGCUCCCCUUCCUGACCAGGAUGAAGACGAGAUCGACUUUCUCAUGGCCAAGCCCACCGACUAUUCUUCCAAGGCUGCUGUCUUGCAGCCCAUCGAGGGUACCGGAGACAGCUUCGACCUGUGGGAAAGUGAGAGCGCUCACGACGACGAGGCUGAAACCGCCGCCGCCGUUGCUGCCUCCUCGUAGACACGCUUAUACGAGCAGCGCUCUUUGAUGUUUAAUUGAUUUAUGUGGCAUGACUUACAAGAUUGGCGUUUCUCUACAGACUGGGACCUCGGGGUAAAUGGUUGUAUAAUCGGCGUUUUGGAUACCAGGUUUGGGUUCUUUAGGACAGGUUUUUUUUUGGAUAAUGGCUUUUUGUUUUUAUAUUGGCGCUGUUGCGUACAUAUGGUAGAUUCAACUGUAUUUUUUGAACCAAUCUAUUGAUUGUCCUUUC